GGACUUGGAGGGCCACAGAGGGAUUCAAAAGGACUCGAAGGGAUUCGAAGAGAUUUUGAGGGAUCUUGAGGGAGUUGUAGUGAUUUAUCACUUGGAUUUACUCUCUGGCUAUCCCUUUCGACAGGGAUUUACUCUCUGGCUAUCCCUUUCGACAGGGAUUUACUCUCUGGCUAUCCCUUUCGACAGGGAUUUAUCCCUCUUCCAGUCCCUCUGGCUGUCCCUCCGAUGA